GUGUGUGUGUGUGACACACUGAUAAUAAUGGAGAUAACACUGUUGAUGUUGCUCAUGAUUUUAAACCUUGCGUCUAUAAAUGUGGCCAAACGUAUUGGAGUGUUUGCUCCCGGGAAUAUCAUCAUCGGGGGACUUUUUCCCAUCCACACCGUAGUGGAGCAGCCAGGUAACUUCUCUGAUCUCCAGACUGCCUGCACCAUCCUGAGUCCGGCCGGUCUGGCUCAUUCCCUGGCCAUGAUCCAAGCAGUGGAAACGGCAAACCUCUCACCUGCAUUAACACACCUGGGCAUCACUCUUGGAUAUCACAUCCACGACACAUGUUCAGACGUCACCACCGCGCUCAGAGCCACCAAGGAUUUUACUGACGACUGUACAUCUGGAACAAACACAUCCCAAUACGUCCGGCCCGUAAACGCAGUGAUUGGCGCGUACCAUUCUGAGAUGUCCAUUGCUGUGGCAAGAGAGCUCAACCUGCAGCUCAUACCUCAGAUAAGUUACGCUUCCACAGCAGACAUUUUGAGUGAUAAGAGUCGUUUCCCGGGUUUUUUGCGCACCGUCCCAAGUGACGUGCACCAGACGAGUGCCAUGGUUCAGCUCCUGAGUGAGAGGAAGUGGACCUGGGUGGGUUUCCUGACCACGGAUGGAGACUACGGACGUGCUGCUUUGGACAGUUUUGUGUCUCAGGCAACUAAAGCAGGCAUCUGUGUGGCCUUCACAGAAAUCCUCCCUGACUCUCUGAGCAAUAAACACAAGCUGGAGGCCACAAUCACUCACACUGUUCACACCAUCCAUACAAACCCAAAGGUGAGAGUCAUCGUGUCGUUCGCAAAACCAGAGCACAUGAAGAGUGUGUUUAGUUUGCUGAUGGAGCUCAGCGCAGACCAGCGUCUCUGGAUCGCAAGUGAUAACUGGUCCAUGGCGGGAGAUGUGCUCAGUCCGGAGCAGCUGGAGCGUGUUGGAUGGGUGCUGGGCUUUUCAUUCAAAAACAAAAACAUCACGAACUUUGAGGAAUUUGUAAAACGUUUAGAACUGAACAGUGAUGUUCAGAGGAACAACUCAUUUCUCAAAGAGUUUUAUUCCUCUUUUGCAACCUCAGUGAAUGCAAGUGAGACAGUGAAUGCAGUGGUUUCUACCAGUGCAGAUAAGCUGAUAGCAAGUGCUCAGGUGGGCGUGGUGUUCAGCGUUCAGAUGGCAGUGAACGCGAUCGCUCAGGCAGUGGCGCUCAUCUGCAAAAACGACUGCAUGGCUUCAGGAGCUGUAAUACGCCAAGGGCUGUUGUCUGCGUUAAGGACCAGAAGCUUCGAGUUGGAUGGCGUCUUCUAUGAGUUUAACGAGGAUGGAGACAUUAACCUCGGCUAUGACGUCUCUCUGUGGAACACUGAUGGAGGAAACGUGGAGACGCUGAAUGUCGUAUCUCACUAUCAGCCGUCAGACAGCAGCCUGAACACCACCACCUUAACACUGAGUUUGGUGUCUAAAUGCUCAAACAGUUGUGAACCGGGACAGUUUAAAAAAAGUUCUGAAGGUCAAUACACCUGCUGUUAUGAGUGUAUCGACUGCGCAGAGAAUCAGUACACCAACAACACAGACAUGGAUCAAUGCUACAGCUGUGACAUGAACAGUGAGUGGGCGGAGUCAGGCAGUUCACUGUGUAAGAAGAAGGAGGUGGAGUUUUUCUCCUGGAGUGACCCCUUUGCUGUGGUGCUGGUCUCUCUCUCAGUUCUCGGUGUGGUUGUGGUUUUUGCUGUAUCGGUUCUUUUCUUGCAGCACCGAGGUUCUCCAGUGGUGAAGGCAGCUGGCGGCUCGUUGUGUCAGUUAAUCCUGGUGUCUCUGAGUGGAAGCUUCGCAAGUGCCGUGCUGUUCGUGGGAAAGCCGACGGCUCUGCAGUGUAAAGUGCGUCAGGUUCUUUACGGCCUCAGUUUCACUGUGUGUGUGUCCUGCAUCCUGGUCAAAUCUCUGAAGAUCCUGCUGGCAUUCCACAUGAACCUGAUUCUAAAACAGCUGCUCCAUCGCCUCUAUAAGCCCUACACUAUUGUGAGCAUGUGUGUGGCAUUGCAGGGCGUGACCUGUGCAUGCUGGCUGAUCCUGAAAAGCCCUAAGAUGACAUCUACCGUGUUUCUCAGGAGUAUCCUGGAGGAGUGUGAUGAGGGUUCAUAUGUGGCAUUUGGAGUGAUGCUGGGCUACGUCGCAUUGCUAGCACUCGUGUGUUUUGUCUUUGCUUUCCAAGGACGCAAGCUUCCACAGAAAUACAAUGAGGCAAAAUUCAUCACAUUUGGUAUGCUCACCUACCUCAUCGCAUGGAUCAUUUUCAUCCCGACAUACGUCAACACAAAGGGGAAAUACCUCCCAGCUGUGGAGAUGAUCGUCAUCCUGAUCUCCAGCUAUGCUGUCCUGAGCUGCCACUUCCUCCCAAAGUGUUACAUUAUCUUAUUCAGGAAGACGCAGAACACCAGAGACGCCUUUGUUAGGAGCAUUUACGAAUAUUCCAAAAGGACUGUGGGAAAUCUGCGUCCACCACAAACAGAGAAAAAUGCACAGAAGACACCAUAUGCCACGUCCAACCCAAGUUUUGUUUCUGAAAACAUGACAUAGAAAAGCAAAUAAAAACUAACAUCCAGUUAAACACAAACAUCUUACAUUGUCAUGCUUUUAUUUUAGCAGUUAUUUUUAUUUCAUUUCAAAUGACACAGAGCAGAGAGAGAAGAAU